AUUCAUUCGGCUUCAUUUCGCAGCGAUGUAAGAACGAAAAUGUCAAAAUUAAAUUUUUACAACAAAAUAUCUACAUCUGUGCAUUCUUUAACGGUGGAAAAAUGCAAAACACGUUGUUUCGUGGCGUAAGAAUCAUGUCCGACAAGAAAUACAUCAAUGCCGUCACUGGACAUAUUUUUACCAUUUCACUUGAGACUUGCAAGAAAUAAAGCAUGUGAUAUUUUUAUAACUAAAAAAAUCAAGCAUGGAAACGUUUCUCAAAAAUUCGAUGUUUCUUAUCGUGGACGACGCGGAACCAAUUCUACCGAUUUUUCGAUCUCCCGAUUACAACAGCCCGGGCACAAUUGUGGAAUUGACAGAUGUCGGUUGCGACACGGAAAGCGCGUUUUCCGGACAUUUUCCACGUAGCGCGUUCGAGCGGCGUCGCGGAGGAGCCGAGAACUUCCGGUCGGCUCGCAGAACCGCCAAAUGGCGUAACGAAAGACCGACAAGUUUCACCAUCGCUUCAAAUCAUUUUAAACGCAGAAACGGCAAGUACGUUGAGAGCGCAAAAGCGCAACGACGCGAUCUGAAUUACGACGACGUGUACAUGGCUGAUCUGGAUUACGAUUCCUAUGUGGAGGACAACGCGUACAAUGAUCUUCCGCGAAAUAACACUGGGGUUCGAUAUAAAAAUGAUUGUUAUGCGCAAUUUGGCGAUCUGCGGAACGUAAUUGCCGAACGUUCUCGAAGAGAAUAUUUUCCACGGAACGUAAAACAAAAUUAUUCGAGAGAUCUCGAAUUUUCGCCUAAUCGCGCGUACCAAAGAGAGAACAAUUUUCCGCGAUGGUUUAUCGACAACGAAGAAAUUCCUCGCGAAAAUCACAAAAGCCGAACGAAGAGGAUAAACGAGAUUUUAAAUCGCAACGCAGAAUUCUCUACGUCUUUGAAGAGUGAUGAUUUUUCGGACUCUGUUUCGUGGGAAAAUGACACGAGUGGUGAAGAAUUGAUAUCCUCAGAUUCGACGAUAUUGAAAAAUGAAUUGCGAGAAGUGCCGGUAAAAAAAAAAUUGCGUAACUUCUAUAUGCAGCGGAACAGAGAGAACGAAGAGAAUAUUAACUCAGAAAGAGAAGAAGAGUCCAAAGAACCGCGGCUGGAAAACAGUCAAGAAAAUUUAUCGCCAAAACCUGCGAGAUAUCGAGCUUCGAGAAGCGGCUCGGUAACGAGGAAGUCUAAAAUAUUGCAAUCGAACGCACCAAUCGCGAAUUCACCGCGCGUUCAAUCGGCGCAAACAUCCAUCGAUGAACGAUCCUCGAACGUGUGUGCCGCGGAAAAUGUAGCUUCAACCAAUACGAGGCCACGUUCGGCAGUCGAAAGAAGAAAGUUCAAUGUUAACCUUCCGACAGACGAGAGAACGGGAGAAACCGCAAAUGUGACUUCCGCCCGAACGAGCUCGAGGGAAGAUCGUUGUCAACGAUCAAUUCACAAAGACAACAAGUUCAUAAAGAAAGUCACCAAUAAAUCUCCCGGUGAAACGAGCCGCCGGCCUGUAAGAACAAAUAAGCGCGUCGUGAAUUUAAAGAUCAACGAACGCACGUACGCGGCGAAGGAAAGAAGUAAUACUCAUCGCGGAAAUUGCGAGAACAAUAAAAUUGAUCGCGCCAACAUCAGUGCCGCUUCACGAUCGUCGCUGGAAGAAAGAGCGGCAACAAACAAACGGGUAUUCUCUUUAAAAAGAACAGAUACUUUGCCGCUCGUAGACAUAGAAAGAGAGAAAAAAUGGAAAUUUACUUCCAAGUUACCCGUAAGAACGUGGAAGCGUCUGAGAACGAGAGAACCUGCCACGACGCGUACUGAAAAUGACAUAACGAACGAGGAUGCUAAUCGAGAACAAGUGAACAUCGAGAUUCCGCGAAUUCGCAAUAAUCUUUCGAACAAGAUAGACGAUGAAAUUUGCAAACAAAUUGCAGAAGAACACACCGUGAGAAGAACCGCAGAUCGCGGUAACGUAAAACGCAGCAACAACCUCACAUCAGGAUUAUUCAUUACGGAGCAUCAACCGGCAUCUUCCGAUGCGAAAAAAAUGGAGAUUUCGAACGCGAAAAGGACGUUGCAACGAAACAAGCAAAAAUAUACAAGUACACUAGGUAAGAUUAAAGUAUCAUGAAAAAAUAUUAUCUCUUUAAAAUUGUCCUAUAUAUUUAUUUGUGAAACGAGAUAAAAUGUGUGAAAAAAAGUAUCUUCAACCACAAUGUGUCUUUCUCUUGCGUACGCCAUAGAUAUGUUUAAUUUGAAAAUAAAUUUUGGGGAAAAGAGAGAA